CAUCUGUCACUCAUCUUUUCACCCCGUCUUCCCUCCCUCAUCAAACCCUUACCCGGCCCAGCCCAUGACAGCAGCGUUGCCAGCAUGGCAUUCUCAUCACGCUUUUCCUUCUGGGAGCAAAAGAUCAAAGAAGAGAACAAGCCAAUCCCCAAGGGUUCAAAAGACAAUUCUGACAGUGAUGGCAGCCUGAGUGGCCGCUCCCAGUCAGUGCCCAGCCUAGAGCCUGGCAAAGGCCUGCUGCGUACCAAGAGUCCUCAGCCUGUUCAGGACAAGCCAGCAGAGGUCCAGUACCAGCCUCAGUUCAGGCGUGUCAAAAGCCCCUCACCCAACAGAGACAAGAUGGCAACAAGAAGGUUCUCCGAAGUGCCCAAGAUGCCAGAGCGCUUUAAAAGCCCAGAACCUCCUCGGUACUCCUUAAGUCCUGAACCUUUUUUGAAUGGUGAAAGCAAAGUCAAUGGUGCUGUCAAUGGCAGUGUUAAGACUACACCUUGUGCCAGCCAACCCGAACUCGCUGAGGACUUGCAGGAUGGGACACGUAAGAAAGUGGUGAAGGUGAUGCGCAGAGUUGUUAGGAGGGUAGUUUCUUUUGAAGAAGACACAGCAACACCACCUGCAGCCUUGUCCCCCGAACCACCUAAACCAAGUUUAGGACUGCCAAAACCUGAACCAGCAUCUGUACCAAAAGUUGUGAAGGUGCCCAUGUUCUCCUUCAAACAUGAUACCAUAAAGAAGGAGGAAAGAGAUGAUAUCGCCGCUGGACUAACCAGCCUGAUGACACGAGGCAGAACUAGGGAACCUCGUCCACGGAUCCGCAAGGAUGAUCCUGUUGAAAAGGAUGUAAAACCUGUAGAAAAAUCACAAGAGAAGGACAAUUCUGGACCAGCACCACAUAAAACUGUACCAAAGAUGGAGGCCUCCCAGCCUCAAAAACAAGAGCAACAGACAUCACCACCCGCUACUACCUCAACAACUACAAAGUCUCCUGUUUCUCCAUCAACAGGAUUCAUCCCACCCCCCAAACCCAAUCCACUUUCUCCACCAUUGGGAUUUAUUCCUGCACCCAAACCAUUAGGAUUUGUCUCCACCUCAAAACCACCUACUCUCUCUCCUCCUGCAAGCGUUGUUGCUACUCAGAAACCAGCUUUUUUAAAUCCUGCUCCUACCAUUUCAACUCCAAUUCCAGAUCCCAAAACAUUGCCUGUUAUCUCUAGUCCUACACCUGCUGUCCCCAAAACAGCUGCUACCUCUGCUCCAGUCGCUCCUGGUAAAUCCAGCACUCCUAACCCCCCAGCCCCCAAAAGAGAUCCAUUUGCCCCUCCAACAGGGUUCAUUCCCACCCAAAAACAGAUGCCUGUAAAGAAACCAGAGGUGAAGACAGCUGCACAUAUGUCCUCGACUUCAGCAGGGAGAUCUUUUCCUGGAAACAUUUCUAAACCCACUCUACCAACCUUGUCAAAAAAGGAGAGUCCGCCACUGAGUCCCACAGAAGAAGCACAGAGACGGCUGGAGAGGAUCUUCGCUGCAUCUCUGGAACCUGUGGCCAGUGCCUCUGCAUCGUCUCAGGUACAGGGCCCCUCUAGGGACGGCUCUUCCCCCACUGCACCCCUCCAUGGCUUGGCAGGAGUGUGCGCUCGUAUGACCUGUUGGAGUGAACAGGUGGAGGAGGAUCCUGUGGCAAUCCUAAAAGCAGACCAUGCUGCUGCCGCUCAUCCUAAGGUGAAAACUGAGGAGCAGAUUGCUGCAGAGCAAGCAUGGUACGGCUCGGAGAAAGUGUGGCUGGUCCACAAGGAUGGAUUCUCUCUGGCCACUGUGGUGAAGACAGAAGCUGGCAGUCUACCCGAGGGGAAAGUGAAAAUCAAACUGGAGCAUGAUGGGACUGUACUGGACGUGGAUGAGGAUGACGUAGAAAAGGCGAACCCACCAUCAUUUGACCGCUGUGAGGACUUGGCAGCUCUGCUCUACCUGAAUGAGUCCAGUGUCAUGCAUUCCCUGCGCCAGCGCUAUGGAGGAAACCUCAUCCACACACACGCCGGGCCCAACAUGGUGAUCGUCAACCCGAUCAGCGCCCCCUCCAUGUACUCCGAGAAGGUGAUGCACAUGUUCAAAGGCUGUCGACGGGAGGACACGGCUCCUCAUAUAUAUGCAGUGGCCCAGUCCGCCUACAGAAACCUUUUGACAACACGACAGGACCAGUCCAUCGUGCUCUUGGGAAAGAGUGGCAGUGGCAAGACCACAAACUGCCAGCAUUUAGUCCAGUACCUGGUGUCUAUAGCAGGCAGCACUGGAAAGAUCUUUACUGCUGAGAAAUGGCAAGCGGUCUACACAAUCCUAGAAGCCUUUGGAAACAGUGCCACAUCCAUGAACAAUAAUGCUAGCCGCUUCUCCCAGAUAGUCUCACUGGAUUUUGACCAGGCAGGACAGGUGGCAUCUGCCUCCAUUCAGACUAUGCUGCUGGAGAAGCUGAGGGUGGUGAAACGGCCGGAGACAGAGUCCACUUUUAAUGUCUUUUACUACAUGAUGGCUGGAGCAGACAGCACACUCAGAACGGAGUUGCAUUUUAACCACUUUGCAGAGAACAGUGCCUUUGGGAUUGUGCCUCAAUCCAAGCCUGAGGACAAGCAAAAGGCAUCUCAACAGUUCACUAAACUGCAGGCAGCUAUGAAGGUGCUGGGCAUCUCCUCUGAUGAACAGAAAGCUCUGUGGCUCAUUCUCGGUGCCAUUUAUCACCUUGGAGCUGCAGGGGCCACAAAAGCGGGCCGGAAGCAGUUUGCACGUCAUGAAUGGGCCCAGAAGGCUGCUUACCUGUUGGGUUGCACCCUAGAAGAGCUCUCGUCUGCCAUCUUCAAACACCAGCCCAAAGGAACCUUACAGAGAUCCACCUCAUUCCGCCAGGGACCAGAUGAUGUUGGCACAGGAGACAAUUCAUCUCCAAAAAUUACUGCUUUGGAGUGUCUGGAGGCCAUGGCUGCUGGGCUUUACUCUGAGCUCUUUACUCUGGUCAUCUCACUUGUUAACAGAGCACUAAAGUCGAGUCAGCAUUCCCUGUGCUCUCUGCUUAUUGUGGACACACCAGGAUUCCAGAACCCAAAGUUAGCCAAGCGAGAGCGUGGUGCCACCUUCGAGGAGCUCUGCCACAACUAUGCACAGGAGCGUCUCCAAACACUUUUCCACGAACGCACCUUUGUGCAGGAGCUGGAGCGCUACAAGGAGGAGAACAUAGAGCUUGCAUUAGAUGACAUAGAGUCCAGUACAUCUCUGUCUGUAGCAGCUAUAGACCAAGCCUCAUCUCAAGCAUUGGUACGGACUCUAGCCAGGACGGAUGAGGCGAGGGGCCUGCUGUGGCUGAUGGAGGAAGAAGCUCUUCAGCCUGGGGGCUCAGAGGAAACUCUGCUAGAAAGACUCUUCAGUUAUUACAGCCCUGCGGACGGAGAGAGCAAAGGCCCCGCCUUGCUGCUGAAGAGUGACAAGCCACAUCACUUCCUGUUGGGUCACAGCCAUGGCACUGACUGGGUGGAGUAUGAUGCUGGGGGCUGGUUGAGCCAUGCCAAACAAAACCCUGCCUCUCAGAAUGCUGCCAUUUUACUGCAAGACUCUCAGAAGAAGAACAUCAGCAGCUUGUUUAUGGGGCGUUCAGGAGGAGCCACAGUUUUGUCCGGCUCUAUCGCGGGGCUGGAGGGUGGGUCACAGCUGGCUCUGCGCAGGGCCACAAGCAUGAGGAAGACCUUCACCACCGGUGUGGCUGCUGUUAAGAAGAAGUCCCUCUGCAUACAGAUUAAACUGCAAGUGGAUGCAUUAAUGGAUACAGUAAGGCGGUCCAGGGUGCACUUUGUCCAUUGUCUGCUGCCUAAAGCGGAAACUCUGAGUGCGGAUUUGAAGGUGCCUGGAGGAGAGAGCUGUGACACUGGCCUCAUGCAGCUGGAUGUGUGUUUGCUCCGAGCGCAGCUCCGAGGCUCCAAACUGCUCGACGCCCUCCGCAUCUACCGUCAAGGUUAUCCCGAUCAUUUGGUGUUUUCGGAAUUUCGCCGCCGCUUUGAUGUGCUGACUCCUCACCUGACGAAGAAACACGGACGCAACUACAUCGUAACUGAUGAGAAACGGGCCGUCGAAGAGCUGCUGGAGUCUCUUGAGCUGGAAAAAAGCAGCUAUCAUAUGGGAUUGAGUAGGGUGUUCUUCAGAGCUGGUGUUUUGGCUAAGCUGGAGGAGCACAGAGAUAUCCAGACCAGACGCAACAUCACCUUGUUUCAGGCUGCAUGCAGAGGUUACCUGGCCCGACAGGCCUUCAAAAAGCGAAAGAUCCAGGACUUGGCGAUCCGCUGCAUUCAGAAAAACAUCAAGAAGAACCGUGGCGUGAAAGGCUGGCCCUGGUGGAAGCUCUUCACCACCGUCCGUCCCCUCAUCGAAGUUCAGCUCACAGAGGAGCAGAUCCGCGGCAAAGACGAGGAAAUUCAGCUGCUCAAGUUGAAGCUGGAGAAGGUGGAGAAGGAGAGGAACGAGUUGAGACUCAAUAGUGACCGGCUGGAAAGCAAGAUCACAGAACUGUCAUCAGAGCUCGCCGAUGAGCGAAACACCGGCGAAUCUGCCUCGCAGCUGCUGGAGUCAGAGACCUCGGAGAGACUGAGGCUGGAGAAAGACAUGAAGGAUCUACAGGCCAAGUUUGACGCUAUGAAGAAGCAGACAGAGUCUAUGGAGAUGGAAGUAAUGGAGGCACGGCUAAUACGUGCAUCGGAGCUCAACGGGGAAAUGGAUGAUGAUGACACUGGAGGAGAAUGGAGGCUCAAGUAUGAGAGAGCCAUCAGAGAGAUCGAGUUCACCAAGAAGAGACUCCAGCAAGAGUUUGAUGACAAACUAGAGGUGGAGCAGCAAAACAAGAGGCAGCUGGAGAGGAAACUGACAGACCUGCAGGCGGACAAUGAAGAGGUGCAGCGCGUGGCUCAGCAGCUGAAGAAGAAAUGCCAGAGACUGACAGCAGAGCUGCAGGACACCAAACUGCACCUGGAGGGCCAGCAGAGCCGCAACCACGACCUGGAGAAGAAACAGCGCAAGUUUGACUCAGAGCAGACUCAGGCUCAAGAGGAGGUGCAGAGAGAGAAGAGUCAACGGGAGAAGCUCAGCAGAGAAAAAGACAUGCUGACCGGGGAAGUGUUCAGCCUUAGACAACAACUAGAGGAUAAGGAUCUGGAGAUAUGUGCUGUCAAUCUGAAGCUGGAGCAGAUGGAGGCGGAGCUUCAGGAUCUAAACUCGCAGGAGUCGAAGGAUGAGGCGUCAUUGGCCAAGAUUAAAAAGCAACUUCGUGACCUUGAGGCCAAAGUCAAAGAUCAAGAGGAGGAACUGGAUGAACAGGCUGGAACCAUUCAGAUGCUGGAACAGGCCAAGCUCCGUCUGGAGAUGGAGAUGGAGAGACUGAGACAGACGCAUUCGAAAGAGAUUGAGAGCAAAGACGAUGAAGUGGAGGAGAUCAGACAGUCCUGCAGCAAAAAGCUCAAGCAAAUGGAGGUGCAGCUGGAGGAGGAGUAUGAAGACAAGCAGAAGGUCUUAAGGGAGAAGAGGGACAUGGAGGCCAAACUGAUGAGCGCUCAGGACCAGGUGAGCCACAGAGAUGUGGAGGCAGAGAAGCGUCUGAGGAAAGAUCUGAAGCGCACCAAGGCCCUGCUGGCUGAUGCUCAGAUCAUGCUGGAUCACCUGAAGAACAAUGCGCCCAGCAAGAGAGAGAUCGCCCAGCUCAAGAACCAGCUUGAGGAAUCCGAGUUCACAUGCGCUGCUGCAGUCAAAGCCCGAAAGUCAAUGGAAGUAGAGAUCGAGGACCUCCACGUCCAAAUGGAUGACAUAUCCAAAUCCAAGCAGGCGCUCGAGGAGCAGCUGAGUCGUUUGCAGAGAGAGAAGAACGACCUGCAGUCUCGCAUGGAGGAAGACCAGGAGGACAUGAACGAGCUCAUGAAGAAACACAAAGCCGCCGUUGCCCAGUCCUCACAGAACUUGGCCCAGAUCAGUGACCUACAGGCCCAGCUGGAGGAGGCCAUGAAGGAGAAACAGGACGUCCAGGAGAAGCUCACGGCCCUGCAGAGUCAGCUAGAGUUCCAAGAGCAGUCCAUGGUGGACAAGUCUCUGGUCAGCCGGCAGGAGGCCAAGAUCCGAGAGCUGGACACCAAGCUGGAGUUCGAGAAGACACAGGUCAAACGCUUGGAGAGUCUUGUGGCGAGGCUGAAAGAAAAUCUGGAGAAGCUGACUGAGGAACGAGACCAGCGCAGUGCCAGCGAGAACCGGGAGAAAGAACAGAACAAGCGUCUCCUCAGGCAGAUCCGAGACAUCAAGGAAGAGAUGGCGGAGCUGGCCAAGAAAGAAGCAGAAGCCAGCCGCAAGAAACAUGAGCUGGAAAUGGAUAUUGAAAGCUUGGAAGCAGCCAACCAGAGUCUCCAGGCAGACCUCAAGCUGGCCUUCAAGAGGAUCGGGGACCUCCAGGCUGCUAUUGAGGAUGAGAUGGAGAGCGACGACAAUGAGGAUCUCAUCAACAGUUUACAAGACAUGGUGACUAAGUAUCAGAAACGAAAGAACAAGAUCGAGGGUGCCUCUGAUACAGACUCUGAGGUGGAGGACCGUGUUGAUGGGGUGAAGUCAUGGCUGUCCAAAAACAAGGGCUCUGCCAAGAACCUGUCAGAUGAUGGUAGUUUGAAGAGCUCAAGCCCACCCUCCAGCCGCAGACGCUUUUGCCUUGACAGAUCUGACGAGGAAGAGGAAGAAGAAAAAGAGGAAGGGAGCACGAACCGAAGCACCUACCGCUCACGCUACAAACACAGCAGCUACCUAAACGACAGCGAUGGCGAGACCACCGCAUAGCGCACACUCGCAUGCACUCACGUUCACAGGAAGGAAGACUUCUGAGUAUCAUAUCAACGUCUUCCACAAUCUGGGAUCCAGCGAGGGAGGGGAUAGGAAAUGGUUUUUAGUAUUAUGAUUUCACAUGUGCUUUAAAGGGUUUGUACAGCAUCGUGAUUCACAGCACUGUUGAUUCCUCUUUCCUGUUUGUGUGCUUUUACUUCUGACGUUCUUCCUCUUUGUUUCUAAAUAAGCAGUGACUUUAGCAAACGCUGUGCUUGCAUUCUUACUCCAGUCAGGAUUCAGUUAAAGGAUAUCGCUUGAGGCAAAGCGCUACAGCCUCUUGCAUGGUCAGGGCUGAGCCAAAGAUACAUGGCGUUAUGUAAACAAAAAAAAAAUGUCUGAGUUUUUCAAUUGUGUUCGUAUUGAAAGGAAAAUAUUGUAUUACCAAAAAAAGGAGGGGGUUUGUUUUGGGUAUGUGAGGACACUCGUUUUUCGAGGUGGAAGUGAUUUAAGACCACUUCCUCAACUACACGCAUGGAUUUUUUUCACUUGCUUGUAUCUUUCUCUCCGCCUGUUGGCUCGAAGGUGAAGGAUUCAUUUUGCUUGAGUAAGCGAGAGAGAUAGAGAGAGAGCGUGAUGCCUCUUGAUGAAAAUAGAGCCCAUUUCUACUCUUGGCCUUCCAUUUAUUUUGAUGUUUUAUGUGAAGAGGAACAAAGGUGGUCAGGUCAAUGAUGCCAGAAGAGAGCAGCAUUUUUUGGGGUCUUCAGAUUUGGAUUCUUAAUACUCCCCCCCAAUAAUAUGCUUAUGACUAAGUGCUUGCUCAUAGGCUCAGUGGUUUAUUCCUACACUUUCUUAUUGUGGUUGUUGUUGUUGUUCUCAGGCUUUUUGUUUCUGUUAUCAUAUAUUUCUGGCUUUCCCAAGGGAUUGCCCUUGAUCUUGGGUAUUUGGGGCAUUUAAUUUAUCAUCCAACUUCACUGAUACUGGAUAAACCGCUUUAAGGUUGCUUUUUGUGCUGAUGUGGUGCAACCAAGAUGGAGACGUUUGACAGAACCGAUACUGUGAAAUCCCAGCUUCCUUUCGGCAUGUCGUCACAUUGGAUUCAUCAGUAUUUUUUGGCCUUAGCUAAAGACUUCGAGACCUGUAUGGACACACACUUCUCUUUUGCCUUCUACCGUUUUGUUGUUGUUGUUGUUCUGCUUUCAUUGUAGUAUUUAUGAUCUAGCAUUGAUGGAUUAAGCGAAGCUGCCAAAAUAUAAAGCAACAGCGUAAUAGCAAUGAAAGGAUCUCAUUGCUUCUCCUUGAUUUUUAAAGGGAGACCACAUUGUGUAUUUUACAUGGUGUUAUAGACCCUCUGUAAAGGUCAACCACUUUAUCCUCUUUUCUAUGCAGUCAUUAUUGAUUUUAAUACAAGAAAUGAGCGUUUUAUGAUGUUUCUGGCAAUUUAAAACACAUGCUACAAGAUGCAUAACAUUUGCUGGCUGUACACAUUAAUAUAAAAUCUAUAAAUAUCUGUAUGAUUCAUUCUAGCUUUCAAAAUAGCUAAUGUUUAUUUUCUUUAUUGAAUAAAUGACCACUUGAUAUAAGUAAUAAUUUUGCAUUACAGUUUAAUAUAUUGUAAAUAAAUGAUGGUGAUUGUUUUU